AUGGCAGAGCUGGAAGCACAAAUUCAAUCUGCAGGACCAGCCAAGGAUAUAGUUGCGAAGGUGGCUGAAGAAUUCCGGACGUUUCGGGAGCUGGUGUUCGCUAUGCUGGGCAUGAUUCGUAAGCAGAUAAAUGAAUGUUCCCAUAUGAUUGACGUUAUAGAAACCAGGCAUCGUCAGAAGGCUUCAAUAUUCUUGGGCGCUCCUGAAGCUGAUAAAGAGAACUGCAAGACCACUGUUCUGGAUAUUAUGCAUAAGAUGGGGCUUACCGAAAUCACGGAAUCUUGCUUAUUGGAGUUUCUCAUAGGC